AUGCGAGACCAUAAGCGUCGGUCCCUUGCGGCGGGAAGAGCGGCUUUUACUCUUCUUUUCAUUGCUCAAUACGCAUCUGCACAGCGCUUCUUAAAUAACAGUACUGCAAUCGGCUUUAGCACUUUUCAGUUUUCUUCGUCGACUGUUACUACCUCUUCGUCGACGAUCAGCAUUCCAUCCACUGGCACAGAAAUCAUCUCUUCAAACUCCUCCAGCUCCUCAGCGCUUGUAUCUACUGGUUCCUCAACCAUGACCACCACUUCCAAUGCGAUUACUUCAUCAGCUACCACUUCAACGUCAUCUAUAUCCUCUUCAGUUGCAACAGGAAAUUCAUCGUCUUCCUCUAUAAUAUCUUCCUCAACUCGACCAUCUCCCACUGGCGUCUCGAUAGGAAUAAUCACUUCUGUCAUUGUUCAAUCCGGUACAACCAUUACAAAGGACGUCCUAACUGGCGGAUCGCUCACCGCACCAAUUACUCUCCCACCAGUCACAACGACAUUCGUCAGCUCCGAGGCAACAUCUGCCGUAUCUUCAGUUUCUUCCCAAAUUAUAGGCAUACUACCUAUUAUCAUUGCCUGGAAAAAGGACCCAAUCCCAUUACAGACCGACACACUCAACAAAAUCAACAGGAUCAAAGGAACUGUGGACAACCUCAUAUCUAGUCUGGGCACCAAGCCGUCGUCGAAACCAUGUAGUCAGAAAAAGAAGCGGGGUCUAUUUGGCAUUAUUGGCGACGUUGCCAAUGCAUUGACUUGUAUCACUAGCGAGUUGGAGAACGUCACGAAGAAUAUCAAAGGAGGUAUCAUUGAAGGCGUUGAUAUUAUUUUGUCCAACAUUCAAUCAGAGACUGAGGAACUUACAGAAGAGGAGGAAAACGAGACUGAUUCAAAGUCCGACACUUCGACAUCUUCGGAUGGAUCAUGCACCGCUACACAGACAGCAUUCCGAGUCACUGUUCUAUGUGGACCGACUACAUACACGACCAUGGGCAAAGCUGUUUCGAUUACAACUUGCUCGUCUACAGCCACGGUUACAACCACUGGUUGCACCGCCACCGGACGUACAAUCACUAUCUCUAGUAGCGCGCCAAGCGCAACCCAAACAGUAUGUGCUUCUGGUACUUGCGGAGAUGCUUGUCCACUCGCUGGCGGCCCUCUUAGUGGCGCCAGUAUGGGCAUCGGAGCUACGACUGUAAACGGUAAGAUGAUCUCGACCUCCGCUCUACCAACUGCUAGCUACGGAGCCGUCGGGAACGGCGCUUCUAAGAGAGAGUUGUUCAAUAGCCCAAUCGAUUACAAUGGAACUCUGGUCGAUAAUUCCAAAUCCUUGUUUGAACGCGCUCUUCCGGACGUUGCUGCUCUAUACACCAACUAUGUCUCAAGUCUGAGUAUAAAUGCCAACUGGGUUAGUCAACACGGCCUUACGUCUGGAAUCUGGUACAACUAUCCAAACGCUGGUAUAGCUAUCGUAGGUGUUAAUGGCAUCUAUGGUUGCACGGCGGUGGUCAUCGCAUCUGAGUUGGGUGUGUAUCUUUCUCACAUUUGGGAGGAUCCUGUAUUCGUUACUGGGGAUGAUCAGACGCCAACUGACGAUGCUUCUUUUAUCAGUAAUACGUUCAACGCGCUCCGUGAUGGCACAGCAAAUGCCCGGAGUAUCACAGCUUUGAUCGGAACAUAUGCCCAGCCUGGAGUUUUACAUGCUAUAUACUCCUCAAAAAAGAUCACCACUCCACUGAAAUAUCAAGCACGCGCUGAAGAUUUGGCUAGCAGGCUUGCUAGACUCAUUCCUGGUUCGGGCGGUUCCGGGUUCACCACGGGCUACACACGUACCAACGCCACAAAGUCUACUAAACGCUUCGGCGUAGCUGGCAGAGCCAUCUUGGAAGUUGAUCCCUAUCAAAGUUGGAUUACAACCUUUGCCGCUGACCAAGACCCCAAUGACUUCUGGGUUCCAAAUACUACACCACCUACUGCCAUUGUAGCGCGAGAUGUUGGCCACCCAAAUCCGUGCAAAGGCCAAAUUAGUAGCAAACCUACCAGCUCUAGCCAAUCCACCACAACUUCCUCAAGCUCGAACACUUCGUCGUCUCAGACUUCCUUGAUUUCAACCUCUUCGUCUUCGAAUAGCUCCACGAUUUCGAGUACGACUAGUGUAACAACAUCAUCAAACAGUACAACUAAGACAGACAGUACGCUCACGACUUCUAUAUCCUCGAUCCAUAACGUGACUUCCACCUCCUCCUCAUCCCGAAGCAGAACCUCAGCUCCACUAAUCACCUCUUGUACUCUCUCAAAUCAAGGUGCUCUUAGCACAGGCAACAUUAACAUCCCAGCCACAAUUGCCUGUAAUUGCAACGAUGGUUGGACAGCCGGAAUUGGGUCUAGGGUUGGCGACAACGAAUACACAACUUAUACUUGUCAAGUCGGCACCGGCACAAGUAUCGCCGUCAAGACUGUAGCAGCACCCACUCCUACCCCAGCACCAGCACCAGCACCAGCCUUUAAAUCCGGCACCUGCAACAUCCACAUCUUCGAGGCAUCCAACGGCGUCGCCAACCCUUUUUUCGUAGGCCUCCAAAUCACCGACGGCGGCGGCGCUGUCCUCGCUCGCAAGAACUUCCAAGUCAAAUGGAGCGAAACUGCUACCAUCUCUAAAGCCGGCUCCAAACUCCCCUACGAUCUCAACGUCGAAUUCUCCAAGUCCUCGAAAGCACUGAAGAGGGGCUUGAACAGGAGAGCUGGAGGAGCGCCACCGGGGGCAUUGCAGUAUCUGUAUCAGAACUGGGUUGUGGGUGUGACGGCGGGGGGGACGAAGUGGGAUAGUACUCAGAGGGAUAAGGCGAAAAUGCCUUAUUGCAAUGUUGGCGGGUGGGACAAUGGGGACUUUGGUGACUUUUUGGAUGGGCUGCUUAGUUUGGGGGCGGAUUCACAUGCUCCGACUCGACAGAUGGAUUGCCGGUGGGCUUGCUAA